AGCAAGAGAUGCACGCUGUCCUGUUAGAGGAAGUAGCACGAGCAUUCACUGAUCGUGAUGUGGGCCUAACGACUGCGUCAGAGAGUCAGGAAGAGUUGUUGAUUUAUCUAACCAAUCACGUGGGAUCUGACCCAGCCAGUGACAGUGAUAACUCUGAUGUGGGUCUCGGCAUGGGACUCUAUAUGCUGUCGCAAGUGUCUCGCUUGCAGAGGACAAGCCAAGAAGACUACGAACAAGAGCUGGAGGAGAGAAUGGCAAACUUCGGCUUCACUGAGGGGGAUGUAGAAGAGUUGAUGUGCCAAGGGAUCAUGCCCUGGGACGACUGUGCAUCGGCGGCCAUUGCUGUCCUUCACGGCGGCUACUACUGACAUUGACGUCAUCCACGGCGACUGCUAUUGACGUCAUCCAAGGCGACUAUAUUUGACGUC